AUGGCAGCCUCGUGCGCCCUGCCUGCCGCUGCAGGCGCUACCCUCGGAGCCACCGCGCUCACCUCUCCACGUGCAGGCGGCCAACUGCGUUCCUCUCCACGUGUCGGCUUCCCAUUGCGGCGUCGGACGGCAACCAUCGCGCUGCGCUGCUCCGCCUCUUCGUUCCGCCGCGUCUCAUCCGCGUCAUCCCUCUCCGCCUCCCCUUUCCGCCGUAUCUCCUCCGCCUCCUCCCUAUCCGCGUUGUCCUCAUCCUCCUCUCUCUCCGCAUACACAGCCUUAAGCAUCGCCCCUCUCUCCCACGCCCGCUCUCACAGACCCUUCCUCGCCUCUCCUCGCCGGAAAUUCCAGGGAGCGCGUUUCUUGACCGUACGCGCUGCGGCUAAAUCCGGCGUGACUAAUUCAAGUGGCGCGACUGAGCAAUCGCCCAAGGCGCUCCAGCGGCAAGGUUCGCUGGGCGUGUGUGACGAGAAACCGUCGCCGCAGUCGUCGCUGACCAUCGAACGGCAAGGAUCUCUCCCGGUCCCCACAGAUGAAACCGACUCCCUCCCCCCGCCGUCCGUGGCUCCCAUCUCCGUGCCCGAGCCGCUCGACGAGGGCCUCAUCGAGCCGUCGAGCCCUCGCGCCUCGGAGACUGGCGUCGACCGCAUCGAGUCGCAGGCGCGCACGACGCUCUCGAAGCUUAAGCACAUUCUUUAUAAGAUUAAGACGCGGGCCGCUGACGUUGAGACGUCGGUAACCGUCUUUCCACCUUCAGCGGGAGAUGCGGCGGGCAUUCCCGGUGUUGUUGCCGGGAAUACGGAUAAUGUAUCAGACAGUAGAGAAAACGACUUACAAUUCGAUGCCGAUGCGGAUGGCGGUAAGGUGGAGGAGGAGCAGCAAGUCUUCGUUUCGCAGCAGAUCAAACUCGACCUUGGGAGCAUCCCAGCCGUUGAUCUAGACGUUCCGAUUGUCAUCGACGCAUCCUCGCCGUCGGAUGCAUCCUCGGUCCCUCUCUCUCCCUCGUCCUUCUCAGCCCAGAGCCUCUCCACCCUUUUCUCUGGUUUCUCUCCCUCCGAAAGUCCCGCAGCAUUUCCCGCAAGCGAGCAGCAGCUCGACGUGCAACAGAUGGACGCGCUGACGUGUACUCGCGCGUCAAUUCGAUUCGAUGAGGAAACGCAAACGGCGGUCGUGACUGUAACGGCGUCUGUCCGGGCCGCGGAUCUAGUGGACCGUGCCGCGUACACGGAGCGCACUAUGGCCAUGGCGACGCGCGCUAUAGCGCGUACGUGCCUCGUGUUGGACCAAAAGGCGCAGCGGAAAGCAGCAGAAGCCGUCUCGUCCGCGGCGCAGCAGCCACUGGCGCCCGCGCCAGCACAGCAGCCGACUGACUCCUCCCUAGUAGCACCGCAAAUUGCGCCGGAAAAGGCUGAGGAUCAGGUGCUGACGCAGGAGCAGAGGGAGCAGGAGAGGGAGCUAGUGGAGCUGCUAUCGACGGGCAGGAUCGUCAGCUGGAGGAUGGCCGGUCGCGAGCUCGGAUCCACGCCGUUCCGUCCGCUCUACGUGGUCAAUCUCGCGGCGGGCGACGGGGCUGACGGCGAGAAGACGGUGCAGGCGCUGUACCGGCCCGUGGUUGGCGGCGACGCGAGGCUGCGAUUCCAGCGCGCCCCGGCGGAAUGGGUCGCGUACAAGCUCUCGCGCGUGAUGGGGGUGGACGUGGUGCCGCCAGUGGCGGUGAGGCAGGGCGUGCAGCUGGGGUCGCGGCGGUUCGCGCAGGGCACCAUGACGCUGCUGCCGCACCUGCUGCACCCGCUCGCCUCCGUGCACCCUUCCCGCCUGCGCGCGCCCACACAGGCACACACGGUGAUCAGCAGCAUCCGCAUCCUCGACGCCCUCAUGGGCUCCUCCCUCCGCCGCCCCUCCGGCUUCUUCGCCGCCCAGCACUGGUCCGGGGACGGCAAGCUUUCGCCCGUAGUGCUCUCGCACCCCAUGGGCCCCUCGCUUGGCGCCGGCCUGCACGCCAUGUGGUCCAAGCGCGGCACAGGAGCGGGCGGCAGACUGAAGACGGUGGCAGGGUUUGUUCUUACGCGCCUGAGGAGAAUGAACCGCGCGCAGCUGUUGGAGGAGAUGGGCGGCGCACUGACGGCGGGGGAGAUGGAGAGGGUGCUGGACAAGAGGGACCAGAUGGUGGGGUACUUUGAUGCACUCGCUGCUAAGAUGGGCCACCAGGCAGUCAUCAGGUGA